AUGGUCGUAAAGGAGGGCCAAAUCUUCUUGAGACACCAGAACUACACCGUCUGCACUGUAGAGCCGGGGAAAGAAGAUCCGCACUACAUGCCUUUGUUGGACCUUUCCCAAUGGCACGUUAGGAAUUAUGCAUGCAAUCGAGCGUGGGUCAGAUCACAAUAUAUGUGUGUGAUCGAUGCAGGCGUCCCUGAAAUUGAAGCAUGGAAUACCUAUAACUGUCACCAAGGCAAAGGCCAAGAGGUGGUUGGUAUUGUGAGGGGCAUGAUUAGGGUCAUGGACUAUGGUAUCAGCUUGAAUAAGCUUCAUCUCUGCGCAUCAUUUAGUUUGAAGGCGCUGUGUCAGGUUAGCGCAACCGCGUGCACAGUCGCGUAUCAACCGCUUCAUCAGACACGGUGUGGGCGUGUUGGGGACCUCGAGUCUACCUUAAGACUGUGGAGUCGAACGAUUCACCAAUGGAUCGUCAUUCUCACUCGCGGUAGCCAGUGGGUCGAGGCUAUCGCGUCUCGUCCGUUCAUGUUCUGGACGUUAGACCAGAUGAACCAAGUUGUCGAUCAACUGGCCAGUAUCGAAGACCUUGCAGAAAAUGACUCUAUUGAGGAGACCGGUGUUGUAUUCUGUUGCGGACAUCCAACUGUCCUAACAUACGUAGCGCUUCACGUUUUACAAUGUCAACAGUUAUCGAGUCCACGCUUUUCUGAUGACCACGGUUCUGUGCGGGUGGCUGUGUAUACUAGCUGGAAGUUGACCUUCGGCCAAGUUCCUCAUAAACGAUGGAUUUUAAUGCUGCAUAAUCGGUGGGAGUACCCUCGCGCAAUUCAGACACUCGGUGACGAUCACGUUUGUCGCAAAUUAUGCCUUGCCACAUGA